AUCAAUUCUCUCAAAAACAAACCCUAAUUUUUUCAAUCAAAUCAAAAUCAUGCCUUCAAUUCCUGAAGAACCACUUUUGGCACCAAACCCAGAUCGAUUCUGUAUGUUCCCAAUUCAAUACCCACAAAUCUGGGAAAUGUAUAAAAAAGCCGAAGCCUCAUUUUGGACCGCUGAAGAAGUCGAUUUAUCCGAAGAUCAACGUCACUGGGACGCCUUAACCGACGGCGAACGCCACUUCAUUACUCACGUCCUCGCUUUUUUCGCCGCGUCAGACGGCAUCGUUCUCGAAAACCUCGCUGGUCGGUUUAUGAAAGAAGUCCAAGUCGCCGAGGCGCGUGCGUUUUACGGAUUCCAAAUCGCGAUUGAGAAUAUUCAUUCUGAAAUGUAUAGUUUGUUGUUGGAAUCUUAUAUUAAAGAUUCUAAUGAAAAAAACCGGUUAUUUCGGGCUAUUGAAACGAUUCCUUGUGUUGAGAAAAAAGCCAACUGGGCUUUGAAAUGGAUUGAUGGAUCCGAAACUUUCGCAGAACGGAUUAUCGCGUUUGCUUGCGUUGAAGGGAUAUUUUUUUCGGGGAGUUUUUGCGCCAUUUUUUGGUUGAAAAAACGUGGGUUAAUGCCGGGUUUAACGUUUUCAAACGAGUUGAUAUCGAGAGACGAGGGUUUACAUUGCGAUUUUGCGUGUUUGUUAUACAGUUUGUUGAAAAUGAAGUUGAGUGAGGAACGCGUAAAAGGGAUUAUCGCAGACGCUGUAAACAUCGAAAGGGAGUUCGUUUGCGAGGCGUUGCCGUGUGCUUUGGUUGGGAUGAAUGGGGAUUUGAUGAGUGUUUAUAUUGAGUAUGUCGCGGAUAGGUUGUUGGGGGCGUUGGGUUAUUCGAAAAUGUAUAAUGUGCAGAAUCCGUUUGAUUGGAUGGAGUUGAUCUCGUUGCAGGGGAAGACUAAUUUUUUUGAGAAAAGGGUUGGGGAGUAUCAGAAAGCGUCGGUGAUGUCGAAUUUGAAUGGGAAUGGAGAUGGGCAUGUAUUCAAGAUGGAUGAAGAUUUCUAGAUUGUUUUUUUAUUUUUUUAUUUUUUUUUUAUUUUUUAUUGUGUAGAUUAGUUUAGGUUAACGUUUUAUUACGGUUUUUAUCAUAAGUGUUUGUUAUGUUGUGGUUUCUGAAUUUACUAUUUGUAUGUUAUCAAUAUGAUAUGCAGUUGUUUUAACAAA